UACUUCGACGGGUGUCUUUUUUGUGGUGCGCAGUAGAAAAUCGAGUAAUUAGCUGAAUUUAACAUUCAUAAAUAGAAGAAAAAUGUCUGGCAAAGAUAGAUUACCGAUUUUCCCCUCGCGUGGUGCUCAAAUGUUGAUGAAAUCGCGUUUAGCGGGCGCACAGAAAGGCCAUGGUUUACUGAAGAAGAAGGCUGAUGCCUUACAAAUGCGUUUUCGCAUGAUUCUGGGCAAAAUCAUUGAGACCAAAACUUUGAUGGGCGACGUUAUGAAAGAGGCCGCUUUCUCGCUUGCUGAGGCCAAAUUUACGUCAGGUGACAUUAACCAGGUCGUACUGCAGAAUGUCACCAAGGCGCAAAUAAAGAUACGCACCAAGAAGGACAACGUUGCUGGUGUAACUUUGCCCGUUUUCGAAUCGUACCAGGACGGUGCCGAUACCUACGAACUCGCUGGUCUUGCCCGUGGUGGUCAGCAAUUGGCCAAAUUGAAGAAAAACUAUCAGAGUGCUGUAAAACUGCUGGUUGAACUGGCUUCACUGCAGACUUCGUUCGUCACUCUGGAUGAAGUGAUCAAGAUCACCAACCGUCGUGUAAACGCAAUCGAGCACGUAAUUAUUCCGCGCAUCGAUCGGACCCUGGCAUACAUCAUCUCCGAGCUGGACGAGUUAGAGCGCGAGGAGUUCUAUCGUUUGAAGAAAAUUCAGGACAAGAAGCGAGAAGCCCGUGCCAAGGCAGAUGCCAAGAAAGCGGAGCUGUUGCAGCGGGGUAUCGAUGUACGCGACCAAACCAACAUACUCGACGAGGGCGACGACGAUGUGCUCUUCUAAAGUAUUAACCGAUAUAUGUAUGUGAAUAUUCCAGCAAUAUUAUUGUUAAACUAUUGUUUUGUUUCCAUUUAACCCGCUAAAAACAACCAAUUUUUGGUAUUGAUUGUAAGAAAAAGUAUGUAGAAUAAUUCCAAUAAGAAAAUGUGUAUGUAUUCCAUUUUGUAGUGUACAAUGCCCAUAACUGGGUUUGAUUGCAAGCGCGCAAAGUAUGCAUUAAAGUUUUGUUGUUCCAUAAGCGUGUAA